GGGACGGAGACGGGUCGCGCGUGCAGGGAAUGCGGAUCGGAGAUGUUUGCCUGGUCCGGUGACAUACUUAAGUGACACCAUGACGGUUAUGCAGCUGAUAUUCCGACACUUACCUGGAGGAGCUUUCACCCUGAAAAGUUCCUUCUGUCCAAGCAUGUGUCCUGCUUGCAGGUUGUGGACACUUCCAAAGAAACACCUGAUAUGGUCCAGAAAUCCACCACGUCGGCUCAGAUCUCUCAGCUUGAGGCCUUUUAGCUCAUCCCCUGGAUCUUACAAGUUACACGCAGGAGAUGUUAAAGAAAUGCAGUCUGCCGUCUCCCCUGAAGCAGGCUGUGAAGAGCAAGAGAAAUCUGAUACGGAUGAAGACUUUGGGACAUUGUCUCAGAAAUUUUCUUCGAGGCAAUUUUUUCGUAAAACGAGAGAAAAUUUCUACAACUUAAAGCUCCAAAGCCUGGGGGAGAAGGAAGAGGAAGAGCCAGAACGAAAACCUUGGCAUGGUCGCAGGAACACUCCAUACUGGUACUUCUUGCAGUGCAAGGCAUUGAUUAAGGAAGAUAAGCUGGCAGAGGCCCUGAACCUCUUUGAGAUACAGAUGCUGAAAGAAGAGCGCCUACAGCCAGAAGAGAGCAACUACACAGUACUGAUUGGUGGCUGUGGCAGAGUUGGCUAUGUGAAGAAGGCCUUCAGGCUGUACAAUGAUAUGAAAAAGCGAGGCUUGAUUCCGACGGAGGCAACAUACACAGCCCUCUUCAAUGCCUGUGCAGAAUCCCCCUGGAAGGACUCAGGCCUACAGAGUGCACUAAAGCUAAGGGAGCAGCUGCAGAACAAAAAUGUGGAGCUGAAUCUCUUCACAUACCAUGCUCUUCUGAAAGUCUGUGCCCUCUGUUCAGAUCUCCGCAUGUGCUUUGAUGUACUUAAGGAAAUUGUCCAUAAAGGCCAUAUUGUCACUACGGAUACUUUCAACUUCCUUCUCAUGGGCUGCAUAAAAGACAAAGAGAAUGGGUUCCGAUACGCCUUGCAGGUUUGGCAGCAGAUGAUGAAACUGAACAUAAAACCUGACAGUUACUCCUACAACUUGAUGCUCAGUGCUGCCAGAGACUGCGGCAUUGGAGACCCUCUUCUGGCUUCCGAUUUGUUGCUAAGUCCAUCAGAGGAAAGCCCAGCAACCCUGAGGCUGACGGGUGGUGGACAGCGCCAGAAAGUGAAGGGUCAGAAAGGGAAAAAACCAGGCAGUGGAGCUGCAGUGCAGUUAAAUGUGGAAAUACUGGAGAAACGCAUGUUUCCAGACAUUAGCAAAGAAACUGAGGAGCAAAGCAAGAGUGUGAGCAAGGACUGUAUGAAGGACAACGCAGAUGGUCUCUCUAAUUCAUCCAAUUCUGUUACGACCAAGGAACUGGUGAUCUCUGAUGGAAGCCAGUUGGCUCCGGAUUCUACACAACUGGCACAUCUGUCUGAGACCAGCUGCCACUUCCCCAACUUGCUGGACUUGGGCCCCGCAAACAAAAACGUGAUUUCCUUAGGAAGUGUGGCAACACCCUCCGAUCGAUUAGCUUUGAUGGGGAACAUGGAAGGUUUCCUAAAGAAAAUGAAAGACGACGACGUGACGGCUAAUAUCAAAACAUUCACGCUACUAGCCGAGUUGGUGGAAUCCAACAGUCCAUCAGAAUCUUCCAUAUUGACUGCAAUGGAGGAGAAUAGUGUGAAGCCGGAUAUCACUUUUUUUAAUACCUUGCUGAGGAAGAAGAGCAAGCAAGCCGAUCUGGAGGGAGCAAAGAGCUUGCUGCCCAUCCUGCUGAAGAAAGGACUCUCGCCCAAUCUACAGACCUUCUGUAACUUGGCAAUAGCCUGCCAUAAAAGUGACGAUGGAUUGCAGUUACUCUCAGACAUGAAGCAAUCUGGCCUGACUCCCAAUGUACACAUCUACAGCGCCCUCAUCAAUGCAGGCGUGAAGAAACUCAAUUAUGCCUACCUUAUAGAGAUCCUAAAGGAGAUGAGAAACACUCAGGUUCCGCCAAAUGAGGUGGUCCUACGCCAGCUGGAAUUUGCAGCCCAGUAUCCACCUAACUUUGAUAGGUACAAAACAAAGGACCGCUACCUGGAGAAAAUAGACGGUUUCCGAGCCUACUACUUCCGCUGGCUGAAGUGGAUGGCGGCAGAAGAAACCCCACACCCUUGGGCAAAAUAUAGAACUCCGAAGCAGCCACAGAAUGAGGAUAACACAGAAGAUGCACGAAAUCGCAUUAACAUGGGACAGAAACUAAACACUGACACUCCAUAGUGAUGCCUGUACUACCCCAAGAAAGCAUUGUCUUUUUACGUAAACGUUAUUGUUCAAAUCGGCACUAGAAUUCUUAAAGAGUGUAAAUCCUGUAAAAAUAGCCAAGAAGAUAGAUGAAGAUUAAUGAGGCUGACUCCCAGGUAAGCGUAUAUAGGAUUGCUGCUUAGAACUGGAACUGUACAUAUAGCAAUAUGAACCAUUAUAAUCAGAUUUCUUAAAAUGAAUAAACUAAUCUAACCUCAUAGACUCUA